AUGGGAACAAGCAACAGUCGUAAGUUGGAGAAUUUCUAUUCAGCUUGCUGUACGAAUCAAAUCAGCGAAGUAAAAGAGCAUUUAAAUAAACUAUCAAUAAGCGAAUUAAACCAACAUCACGCCAAUGGCAAUACGGCCUUACACACUGCCUGUCAGAAUGGUUUUCACGAAAUCGUUCAAAUGUUACUCAGGAAGGGCGCUUCUAGUACAGCUCUCAAUGAUGAUCGACAAACACCUGUUGAUCUUGCAAAAACACCUCAAAUAAGAGCACUUUUUAAACAAGCAGCAGGAAGCCGAGAUCGAGCACGUUUUGGUGCAUUGUUAGGACAAAUAGAAUGGAAUUUUUCGAGCGAUCAUGCGAAAUGGUACUGUCAAUACAGCAAAGCGAGUUUUGCAACCCAUGAAAUAACACUUGAUCAAGUUGUAUCUCGAGUGUUGACCGAUAAAGAAGUACGAAGAUUUAAAGAAAUGAGCAAUGUAAGAAGUAUACUUAAAGAAUGUCAGACCAAACAAGACCCUAAUUAUUUACUGAGAGCUUAUACCUGUGAUUCGGACUUUUACAAAGAACUUAAUAAAACUUUGGCUAGAGAAGAUGGAGUAGUUGAGAAAGAAGACGUGCUCAAACGUUGGGAUUUCGUGUAUACUGCGGCAAUUUUAAACCGACCGGAUUUGAAAACAUUUCAAUACAAAGGCAUCACUUAUCGUGGUAUGUGGAUCACUGAGGAAGACUUAGCAUCAUACAAAGUUGGUGCAAAAAUGUAUAAUAAAAGCUUCUUGUCAACAUCGAAAAUUAUCGAAGUCGCCGAAGAUUUCCUAUACAAGCAUAUGGAUUUAAGUAAGGCACCUGUCAUAUGCGAGUAUCAUAUCAGCACACCAAAGAUUUCGUUAGACAUUUCGAAAUACUCUGUAUUUGAAAACGAGCNGCUCGAGAGACGAAACUCAAUCUGUUUAUUCGAAAACAGAACAAAGAAGAAUGUAGAAGAACGAUAA